CUUUCUCUUUUCUUUCUUUCUUUCUUUCUUUCUUUCCUUUUUCACUUUUUUUUUCUAAUAAACAAACAUCAUGGCUCAAGCAUACAACAGAGAUUUGACUCAACUUAUUAUGCGUCCCAAUGUUGGUAAAGUUGGUAAACCAGUACGUGUAAGAAGCAAUUUCUUUGAAAUGACAAGUCUUCCAGCUCAAAAUAUACAACACUUGAAUAUUCAAAUAUUACCUGAUGGUACUCCUCCUGUUAUUCUCAGAAAGGUGUGGCAAUCUUUUGAAGAUAGUCUUAAAGGUCAAGCUUUUCUUAACAAGGUCAAACCUAUCUUUGAUGGUCGUGCAAAUCUUUUUUCUCCAAAACCGCUCAAAUGUGGUGAUGAUAACCUUGGUAUUUCUUUUGAAGUCAAUCUUCAAGAAGGAAAUCGUUCUGGUGGUGUUUUCAAGUUAAAUAUCAAGCCUGUAGGUGUAAUCAACAUGAGUGAACUACAAUUAUUCUUGGAUGGAAAGUCUGGUAUUACCAACAAUUGUUUAACUGGCAAAAUGAUGAUCAAUGUUGAUGUCAGUGCUACUGCUUUCUAUGAAUCUGGUCCUCUUCAUGAAAUGUUACCCAAGCUACUCGACCGCCGCAGUCUUGAUGAUCUUCGUCGUGGUAUUCCUGAUCGUGAACGUAUCAAAGUUGAAAAAAUACUCAAGAAUCUCAAGAUCGUCGUUGUCCAUCGUGGUGCUGAAAAACGAUUGAAGUACAAGAUUAACAAGCUUACUCCUACCUCUGUUGAAAAUACUGUAUUCAAGGAUGACUCUGGAAAUGAAAUGAACGUUGCUCAAUAUUUUCAAAAGACUUACAAUAGACGUUUGGCCUUUCCUUUCUUACCCUGUAUUGUUGUCAAGAAAGAUAUCUUUCUACCUAUGGAAGUUUGUGAAGUUAUUCCUGGUCAACGUCAUUUGAAGAAAUUGAAUGAAAAGCAAACUGCUGAAAUGAUCAAAUUUACUUGUCAGAAGCCCAAUGUCCGUGCCAACAAGAUCAAUCAAGGUGUCAAUCUUCUGAAAUACAAGGAUAACCCAUAUAUUCAACAAUUUGGUGUUAAUGUCAAGUCUGAUAUGACCAUGAUCAAUGCUCGUGUUCUUCCUCCUCCAAAGAUCUCUUACCAUGCUUCAUCUCAAGAUGCUACUUUUGCUCCUAUAGGUGGUGCUUGGAAUCUUCGUGGCAAGAAAGUCGCAAAGGGUGCCAACUUGGGUUCUUGGUCUGUUGUCAAUUUUACAAGCAAAGUCCAUGAUGGUAUGAUCCAACGUUUUAUUCGUGAAUUAUGUCAAACAUUUACUGAGACUGGUUUGAAUGUCAUCAACCGACAACCACCUGUUACUCAUGCUGAUCCUCAAGGUAAUAUUGAACGUACUCUCAAGGAAGCCUGGUUGAAGGCUGGUAAUGCUGCUAAAGCUCAACCUCAAUUGAUUCUCUGUAUCUUGCCCAACACUGGUACUCCUCUUUAUGCUGAAAUCAAGCGUAUCUCUGAUACAGUUAUUGGUAUUCCUACUCAAUGUCUCCAAAGUAAGCAUAUUGGUGAUGCUAAGAAACAAUAUUGUGCCAAUGUCUGUCUGAAAGUGAAUAUGAAGCUUGGUGGUGUCAACUUGUUUAUGGACAAUUCUCAAAUUCCUUUUAUUUCCAGUAAACCUACUAUUGUCUUUGGUGCUGAUGUUACUCAUCCUGCUCCUGGUGAUAUGAACAGACCUUCCGUUGCUGCUUUGACUGCAAGUAUGGAUUCAUAUGCAUCAAGAUAUGCUUCAACUGUCCGUGUUCAAGCCAAUCGUACUGAAAUAAUAGCUGAUUUAGCCAAUAUGGUCAAGGAACUGUUGAAGACAUUCUAUCAAAACUGUGGUCAAAAACCUCAACAAAUCUUGUUCUAUCGUGAUGGUGUUUCUGAAGGACAAUUUGAUCAAGUACUCAAAAAUGAAGUUGCUGCUAUUCAUGCUGCUUGUGCUUCCUUGGAUAAGACUUACAAACCUCCUGUCACAUUUGUGGUUGUUCAAAAACGUCAUCAUGCUCGAUUCUUCCCUGUUGAACCCCGUGAUGCCGAUCGAAGUGGUAACUGCCAACCUGGUACUGUUGUGGAUACUGAUAUCGUACAUCCUUUCGAAUUUGAUUUUUAUUUACAAUCACAUGCUGGUCUCCAAGGAACUUCUCGUCCUACUCACUACCAUGUACUUUAUGAUGAUCAUAAUUUUUCUCCUGAUGCUCUUCAAGAACUCACUUAUCGUCUGUGUUAUAUCUACGGUCGCGCCACUCGUGCUGUCUCUAUCUGUCCUCCUGCUUACUAUGCUGAUUUGGUUGCUGCUCGUGCUCGAUUCCAUCGUAAAGGCGAAAACUGGGAAGACACUGACGCUACAAGUGAAUCAAUGGAUAGUGAAACUCAAAUGGCCAGUUACGCUGUUGUCAAGCCUGAUUUGCAGAAAGUAAUGUACUUUAUGUAA